AUGGGCGAUGAGGUGAGAUGUUGCGCUUUUCCCGUGACCCUAGCAGGACCGGGAAUCCGAUGGUUCAACGCUCUCCCUCAAGGGUCCGUGACGACUUUCGCAGACAUAACCCGUGCCUUUCUAGCACAAUUUACCACGCGCAUUGCCAAAGCCAAGCACCCAAUUAACCUUCUAAGGGUGACCCAAAGAAGCGGCGAACCGACCAGGAAGUAUCUUGACAGGUUCAACGACGAGUGCCUAGAGAUUGACGGCCUGACUGAUUCGGAAAUCCAGAAUGUGGCGAGAGAGUACAUCAACGAUGAGGAGGUCAGCCAAGUGGUGGCGGCCAACAAACGGCAGCUCGCCCAUCUUCCAGGUCGCCAGCUCGGGAACGGGGAAAGGUCUAGGGAGCACUCCACGGAUGGAGGGCCGACUAAACCCUUCAAACCGCUCCCCCGAGUAGGAAAAUUCACGAACUACACCCCUCUGACGGCCCCAAUCGUUGAGGUGUACCAACAGAUAGCCGACAAAGGCAUCUUGGCGAAACCUCGCCAGCUCAAGGACAAAACUGGCAGAAAUAAAAAUCUCUACUGUGACUACCACAAAGGUUUUGGUCAUAAAACCCAAGAUUGCUUCGACUUGAAGGAUGCCUUGGAACAGGCAAUCCGUGAAGGCAAACUGGCGGAGUUCUCACAGUUCAUAAGAGAACCCAGAAGGCAAGAGCGCGACCGAUCUGAUGAUGACAGAAGACGUGUUGUGAAGCCAAAGCAAGAGCCCAAAGAAGACAACAACCGCGGCCUCACUAUCGUGAAUGUCGUGGUCGGAAGAGACGUGGCACCGAGAUUGAAGUCGGUAGCAAAGAAAGAUGCCAAGGUUUUGGCCGUAUCAUCAACAAAUCAUGGACCCUCCCCAAGAGAACCCCAACAAUAUCAUUCGGACCAGAGGACCAAUGGUUCCACGACAUACCGGAGAACCCUCCCAUGGUAA